CAGAAUGCACAAACAAUGGUAUUUGCCAUUGAGGAAAUCAACAACAGAACCGAUAUUCUUCCUGGAUUCAAAUUGGGUUAUAAAAUCUAUGAUUCCUGUGGGUCAAUAGAAAUGACAACAAGAGCAUCAUUGUCCUUAGUUAACGGUAAUGGAGAAAAUACAUCAAUGUCGUGCUCCAAACCUGACACGGUUCAAGCAAUCAUAGGACAAACAUCCUCUAGCCCCUCUAUUGCCAUUUCUGCUACUGUGGGACCUUUGCACAUACCUGUGGUCAGUCACUUUGCAACAUGUGCAUGCCUAAGUGACAAAAAGAAAUAUCCCUCUUUCUUCAGAACUGUUUCCAGUGAUUAUUACCAGAGCAGAGCUUUGGCUAAGUUAGUCAGGCAUUUUGGCUGGACCUGGGUAGGAGCCCUAUGCAGUGAUAAUGACUAUGGGAACAAUGGCAUGAAUGAAUUCAUCAUUGCAGCCAAGGAAGAGGGAAUCUGUGUUGAGUAUUCAAAGGCAUUCUUUAGGACAGACCCCCGAGAAAAAGUUCUGAAAGUAGUUGAGAUAAUAAAGGCUGCAACCUCCAAAGUUAUUGUAGCAUUUGUGUCAUAUUCUGAUGUUGGAGUACUUUUCAAGGAAAUGGCCUUACAGAACUUGACUGGGUUUCAGUGGAUUGGAAGUGAGUCCUGGAUCUCUGAUAGAAACACAGCCAAUGUUCAGUGGCAACAUAUUCUUAAAGGAUCCAUGGGUUUUGCUAUCCCAAAAGCUCAAAUCAAUGGCCUACAUGAAUUUUUGACCAAACUUAAUCCAGCUUCUGGUGUAGAUGCUUAUACCAAAUUGUGGGAAACAAUAUUUGAUUGUAAGUUUUCCACACAAGGCAAUGUGCAAGAGAUUACACAAAUGUGCAAGGGCAAUGAAAGUCUUGAUCAGAUCCAAAACCUUUACACAGAUGUUUCAGAGUUACGACUUGCAAAUAAUGUUUACAAGGCUGUUUAUGCUGUGGCUUAUGCCCUGCAUAACAGAUUUGGCUGUUCAACAAUGGACAGUGAAAAAGGUUCAAAUUUGAAAGAGAAUUCUGUUGUAUGUGCAAACAUAACAGAUAUUAAACCAUGGCAGGUUGUCAGUGAGUUGAAGAAACUCCGUUUUACCACUACAAAUGGUGAGGAUGUAUAUUUUGAUGAGAAUGGAGACCCUGCAGCAAGGUAUGAACUGCUGAAUUGGCAACAAGGAGCAGAUGGUAAAAUAGUGUUUGUUAAAGUGGGUUUCUACGAUGCCUCUCUGCAAAGAGAUCUUCAGCUGUCUUUUAACAAUAUCAGUAUAACAUGGGCCCACAACAAACCACAGGUGCCAGUCUCUGUGUGUAGUCCAAGUUGCCCCCCAGGCACCAGGAAGGCUGUGCAGAAAGGAAGGCCAAUCUGCUGCUUUGACUGUAUACCAUGUGCAGAGGGGGAAAUCAGUAAUAUAACAGAUUCUAUAACUUGCUUCAUGUGUCCACCUGAAUUGUGGUCUAAUGAAAAGAAAGAUACCUGUGUUUUAAAAUUAGUGGAGUUCCUGUCAUUUGAGGAAAUAAUGGGAAUCAUUCUUGCAACAUUUUCUUUGUUAGGAGUUUUGGUCACCACCUGUGUUGCUGUAAUUUUCUUUAGAUACAAGGACACACCAAUUGUUAGAGCAAAUAAUUCUGAGCUGAGCUUCCUGCUGCUCUUCUCACUGACCCUGUGUUUCCUCUGUUCACUUACAUUCAUUGGUCAGCCCUCUGAGUGGUCCUGUAUGCUGCGUCACACAGCAUUUGGGAUCACCUUCGUCCUCUGUAUCUCCUGUGUUCUGGGGAAAACAGUAGUCGUGUUAAUGGCCUUCAGAGCUACACUUCCAGGUAGCAAUGUCAUGAAAUGGUUUGGGCCUCUACAGCAGAGACUCAGUGUAGUUGUCUUCACUCUUGUACAGGUCCUGAUUUGUAUACUUUGGUUAACAAUUUCUCCUCUUCCCUACAAAAAUAUGAAGUAUUACAAGGAAAAGAUCAUAUUAGAGUGUAAUGUAGGUUCAGCUAUAGGUUUCUGGGCUGUGCUGGGUUAUAUAGGACUUCUGGCUCUUUUGUGUUUUAUUUUGGCUUUUCUGGCCCGGAAGCUACCUGACAAUUUCAAUGAAGCCAAAUUCAUCACAUUCAGCAUGCUGAUAUUCUGUGCAGUGUGGAUCACCUUUAUUCCAGCUUAUGUCAGCUCUCCUGGAAAAUUCACUGUAGCUGUGGAGAUCUUUGCCAUUUUAUCAUCAAGCUUUGGUUUACUAUUUUGCAUAUUUGUUCCAAAGUGUUAUAUUAUUAUAUUAAAGCCAGAGAAAAACACUAAAAAGCAAAUGAUGGGUAAAGCAGCUACUCAGUAA